UUUACAAACUGCAAGUUUGUCCAUUAAAAGUUUUCAGAUUUCUACAACUUUUUUAAGUAAGGUGCUUUUAUCAAUGAGUCAAGAAUUAAUUUCUUUAAGUGAAAACAUUUUGCAAGUUAGGAUGCUCUUUGUGUUCCUCAUAUUAGUUGAAUGGAUAUGUUAUGCUGAAACCAACUACAAUUACCUUUUGCCAGUGAGAAGUAAAAGAGCUGCUUUUAAUAAAAAUUUGUUACCUGCAUUUGAAACUUUGUUUGGAACAAAAUCUUCUGAUGGCAGUACUUCUUAUGAACUUUUUGGUUGCAGUAUUGAAAGUUCAAAAGAUAGAUGUGUUUGGACAUUCGAGCCUGAUCAAACGUGUACCAGAAAGUUAUCGCUUGGCAAAGUGUUUGAUUUUCUUUCAAAUAAAAAAUUUGAUCAGCUUGAAAGUUUAAAAAGAAAUACUUUUUAUGCUGGUGCAUUUGCAGUCAAAAAAAUUGUUUUAAAUACAUGUGGUGACAACAAUGGAGAUGUGGAGUUUAGUUGUGGAGUCAUUGAGCCUUUUGAUGUUGUUAAUGAUAAAGCUAAGAUAAUAAAUGGUGACCUAAAUUUCAAAUUCAACUAUGUGGAGCUAAAAAGUAAUUUUAAUUUUAAAAAUAUUGAGUUCGACAUAAGUGGUAAAAUAAAAAUUGCAAGUUUAACUGUCUCAGUUGAAGUAAAAAAAGAAAAAGAAAGUUCAUCAUCCACUUUUGAAAUAUUUGCUGAUAAAAUUAAAGUUAUUGAUUUUUCAAAAAAAAUUUUUAACUUUAAUGCAUUGUCUGGUGGUGAUGCUAUUGUUGGAAAAAGAGGAAUGUUUUCUAAUAUGGUUGUUAACAAACCAACAUUUAAAAUUAUAAAGAAUGAAGAUGGAAGUUAUGUGAUUGUUUUAAGUGGUGAGGCUACUGGGAUUACGGGUUUUGGAGAGAUAAAUGCAUUGAUGGUUAUUCAGAAACCUUCUGAUGCACCUAUUGGUGUAGCUAUUGCUACGACUCUGAAAAAUGUUAAACCUCUAAAAAUUAUUUCAAAAAUUGUUAAAAAAGAUCUGGAUAUAAGCAUACUAAACAACCUUGAGUUAGAUACUUCUAUUGAGUAUGCAAGCAAAGAUAUAGUUAAUUUAGAUGACCCUAAAAUUAAAGAAAUGUUAUCAGGUUUAAGUGCAAGCGAUUCUGGAAACUUUUCACAUGGCACUAUAAUUAGUUUCAACUUCCCUAUAGAUAAAAUACUAAACAAAAAUGGAAAAUUGAGAAGUAUAGCAAUUAAGAUAAUCAUCCAAAAAGAAAAUAUUUCAAUUGUAUUUCCACCAGACAUUUUUGAUGAUGGUAAAGAUAUUUUAGCUGCAUUAGUACCAAAUGUAAACACAUUUCUCAGAAAAUUCUUCAAGUCAAAUUUUAAAAUUAUUUUCAAAAAAUUUGAUAUAAACAUUAAAUCAAAAGAUGUGGAAAUUUCCAUAGCGAUUCCUGAAAAGUUAUCUCUUGGUAAUCAUUUUCUGUCGGUUGAAAAUACAGUAUUUACACUGAAGAUGAUGAAAUCAGCAGAUCCAAAUAAUAGAAACAAAAAAGAAUUUAGUUUUUCACUUGAAUCUCAAAUGAAACUUGGUAGUACAUCAAUUAGUAUUUCAGCUGAGAAAAAGGAAGGAAACAUUAACUUUAAAGGUUCCAUUGAAUUUCUUUCUUUUUCUGAUCUUUUAUCUAACUUUGGCAUCAAUGGUUUGUUAAAGUAUAUUCCAGAAUUUAGUUUUGCUAUUGAAAAUCUUAAUAUAAAUGCCGAAAUUGGUGAUAAAAAAACAUUAAGUAUAUCAGGAAAGCCAAUAUUAUUUGAUUGGAAAGACACUCAAAUUGAAUUCAUAAAAGAAAAGACAACAGAUAAAAAGGCAUCAAAAUAUUUUUCAGUAAACAAUGAAAAGCAUGCUGCUCAGUUAACAAAUCAAAGCAGUUUAGCAGUAGAUACUGAUCUGUAUAAAGUUGACUUUCCUCAAUCUCAAAAAAGGAACCUAAUUACAAAAAGACAAAGUGCAAGAAGAAGUAGCGAUGAUGAUAUAACAGUUUUGGUAAUUUUAAUGAACAAUAUCAACUUUGAAAGCUUUAUUCAAAAGAUAUUAAAUAAAGAGAGCACAAAUACAAAAUGGAUUACACUUGAUAUUUCACUUGUGUAUUCUAACUCAGAAAUUUCUGCAGAAAGUUUAAAAAACAAAAACAUAUUUACCACAAAAGAAAUUCAAGAAGCUGUACAAGAUUUAUCUAACGGACUAUUGUUUCGUGGAAAAAUGAUGUUGCCUAAAAGUGCAGACAAAUGUUGCGUAAAUGGGAACAAUAAAUGUGAUCAACUUUGUCAAUUUGCAGUGAACAAACUUGGAGCAAGUUCCUCUUUAUCUGUUAAUGCUGGAUAUAUUGACAAGAAAUUUUUUUUGGAGGCAAAAUAUAAUGGUUAUUUGUCACUUGGCAAUGUUAUAAUAAAGUCAAUAGCUAUUGGUGUAAAGGUUACAAAUGUCCUUCAGCUUUAUAUAUGUGGAGAAUUGACAUUAAAACUUGAAAAAGAGGAUUUGAAUUUUAAAGUUUUCAUAACUUUGAGUUCAAGUGGUGAGUUAGAACUAGGCGGCAAAAUGAAUAGUAUAUUAAAAAAUCCUUUUGGAGUGCAAAAAUUUGCAUUGGGUGAUCUAGCAAUUAGUGCUAAAUUACAACUUCCAUUUGCAAUAUCUGGGUUUAGUUUCUCAGGUACAGCAUGGCUUGGUACUGAUGAAAAGCAUAUUAAAAUUAGUAUUGCAGUAGGAAUAGAAAUAAAUGGACUAGAUAAUUAUUUUUAUGGGUCUCUAAAUGAACUUACAUUGGGUAAACUGUCUGAUACUUUUGGCUACAAUUUAAAAAAUAAUUUCCCAGAUUGGAUUUUAGAAUCAGGUUUUCGCAAUCUUAAAAUUGGAUUUACUACAAAUAAAGAAGGUAAAGAUAUUACUUUGAAAAAUGAGGACUUUCAUAUUGAAAAUGGAUUUCAACUGAAAGGUAUAGUAAACAUCCUUGGCUUUGAAGCGAAACUUGAUGUAGAAAUUUCUACAAAAAAGCUUUUAAUUAAAUGUUAUUUAAGUAAAAUAGACAUUUUAAGUGGUGCUUUAAAGUUGACAAGAAGUUUAAGUGACAUAAAUGAAGGACCGAAAGUUUUAAUUGAUAUAUCGUCAGAUUCAAAACAAAUUGUUAUAGAAGGUGCAAUUAGUAUUCUGGGAAUUUCACAAGCUAUAAAAAUUGAUAUUGGUAAAGAAAAAAUGGAGUUUACUGUUUCUGGAAAGUUGCUUGAUAUUGUAGAGGCAGAUUUGUCAGUUGUAGCAACAUAUGCAAACGAAAAUAGCCUUGAAAAAGCUUCAUUUCAGGUUUCAUCUUGUUUAUCAUCAGUUGAUGAUGCAACAAAUGAGGCUAACAAUAUUUUUAAAGAUGCUGCUGAAAAAACUGAAGAAAUAGUUAAAUACACUGAUAAAGAGAUUAAAAAAUAUUCAUUGCAGUAUGAAAAGCUUCUUGCAACAAAAGAGUUGUUGGACAAUGUUGGAAAAAAACUUUUCGAAAAGAUGGCUGCAACAUUUAAUAAAAUCGAACAAUAUCAAAGCAAGAUUGAAUACAGUUGCACACGUCAAUGCAAUAAAGAAGUGGGUUAUUUUUCGAAAAAUUGGUGCUCAUCAAACUGUCUACUGGAUAAGGGAGAACGAUCUAUCAGAGUCGAAGCAAACAAGAAAAAACAAGAAGUUCGUUCAAUGUGGUGGGGCAUAUUUGAAAGAAUUAAAGAUGCGGUUGUAGACUUUGUAGAAAAAGGUGCAAAAAGUAUAUAUAAUGGUGUAAUGGAUGUAAUUGGAAAAGUUGCUGAUACAGAAAUAUUUGGAAAAAAAGUUUCAGAUUACGUUGAAAUUGGUUUGGAUUUAAUAGAAAAAACUGGAAAGUAUAUAAAAGAUAAAGCAUUAUCUGCAAUAAACAAAGUUGUUACAAUUCAUCUUAUUUGCUUUGAAACCUCUUUAGAUAAAGCAUUUAGGGGUAAAUUUAAUUUCAAUGCUAAUGUUACAUUUUUGGGUUCAAACAAAGUCUACGAAAUAGAAAGUAGUCUUAAUUUUGACUUUUUGAGUAACAUUGCUAAAAUAAUCACGGAUACAAUAUAUCCCGGAAUGCAAUACAUCGGAAGUGCUUUAGAAACCGUACGAGAAAAAGUUGCAAAAACAUUUGGUCGUGCUAAAAAAAUGAGAGAAGAAAUUCUUUUGAAAGAAAAAGAAAUAGAAAAACUUAAGGAAGAUGUUGAUAAAGAUAUUGAUGGUGAGGAAGUGACACUAAAUGAUGAUGCAAGUGAUGAUUUUAUCACAAAGAAUAACAUAAAACAAAAUAUAACAAUAGAUGAUAUAAAACGUCAGAUUUACAAUGAGUUUCAUAUUGUAUCAUUAACUGAUGAGGAUGCUCUUGAAACUUUGGAUACAAAUCCUGAUUAUACCCUUGAGAUUAAUUUUGAAAAAAAUGAAUCUGUUGAUAUAAGUGAUUUGACUCACCAAAUGGUAAAUGAAAAAAAUAAUUGCAAGUUAGCACAAGGACUUGUGCGCAAUUAUGAGAAAAUAUCAAAUCAAUUAAAUAAAAUGUUAGCUUUUCUAGAAAACCAGAAACAAUUACAUAAGAAACAAUGUUUAGAUGCAAAUCACAAGUACAGUAGUUUGGAAAAAACAGCUAUUGAAAAAUGUAAGCGAGCAAAAUGUAACAAAAGACAGCGGGAAAAAUUAGUUUACUUGGCACACAGUCUGAGUCAUGCUCAUGUGAUGCGUACUGAAAAACUGGAUGAGGCUUUUGAAGCAAUUGGUAAGAGACUUAUUAAGAAUGAGAAAGAAAUGAUGACUCGAAAUGUUAAUUCAAGUGGUAUGAAUAUGAAAAGAUUUUUGUCUAAUUUAAAACAUUCUACCAAAAGAGCAUCUUUACUUCCAAGCACAACAAAUGAAUACAGAUUGCAUUUAAAUGCAUCUUAUAAAGCUGUCCGAGACCUUUUACAGGGUGAUCAACCGUACCAAGAUGUUGUACAAAACUUUCAGUCAAUGAAGAAUAAUUUAGCGUUCUUAAGAGAAAACAUUUCUUGCGCUGCCUAAACUUGAUCGAGUUGCUUUAACAAUUUUGAUAUAUUUUACAUAAUAUUUUUAUAUAUAUAUAUAUAUAUUUAUUUAUUAAAAAUAAUUUAUUUUAAUAUA